AUGAAUAAAAAUUCUUCAAGAAAUAGCUACACAGAUGAUCCUCUUAUAUCUGACAAAGAAAAGAAUCUAAUUAAAGCCAAUAUUGCUUUAUCUCUUUCUAAAGGGACAGAAGCAAAUCCAAAAAACUUUCCAAAGCUUAAUCCAAUUAAAACAAACUGAUUAAAAGCAGUUGAAGAAAGCAAAAGGCUUGAAGAGAAGCACAGAAACUUAUUUUCAUCUAAUUUAAAGAAAACCUAUAAAAAAUCUUCACCUAUCAGAUUACCAUCAGUCAACUAUGACCAUUCCUCAACGAUUACGUCUAGAUCAUCUCCAUUUAAAACUGAAAUAAAAGUCCCAAAAGUAUAUGAAAUUUUUAUACCAAAAACAGAGGAAACAGAAACCCCUAAAAUGGCAAAAAAGAAUAAAAAAAAUAAGAAAAGGAUCCUUGAGACACAAACAAUUGAUUUUGUAUUUAAUCAGUGACCUGAAACUUCAGUUAUUGAUAAAGAUUAUGAUGCUUUAGGAAGUCUAAUUAAUGAAACAAAUAUUGUUAAUGAUGAAGGAAAUAAGGAAGAUAUUUUAGCGAAAUCUGCAAUUUUAUACGAAGAAAGCAAGGAAGAUAUUUUUCCGAAAAAUGCAACUGCAUAUAAAGAUAAUAAGGAAGAAAUUAUAACAAAAUAUGUAGCUGUAUAUAAAGGAAAAAGUGCAUCUCCUUAUAUAAGAGUAAAAGCUGACUCAUUGAAUGCAGAGUAUAAGUAUCUUUGCUUUAAGAAACGAAUGGAGAAAAGACUGAAUACUGCACUUAAGAAAGAAAAAGAGAAAAACAGGCGAAAUUUUUAUAGUUUUCAGCCAAAUGUAACGCAGGAUAUUUGGUCAUUUACUGGAGCAAAAAAUGUGUUCCUUUAA